AUGGGCGAUAGUCAACAAUCCAGCCGACGAAAGGAAAUUAUCCAGCAAUUACCGAUCCCAUCUCGGCAAGGCCACGAUGCCAUUGUCAAUUCCACGUAUGUGGAGGAUAUCGUUACUGCGCUGAACAAAUGGGGUUGUCGGCGGGCUGUGAUCGUCCACAGUAAAGCUCUCGACUCCGCAACGGAUGUUAUCAAGAAUCUGUCAAGGCAACUGGGUUCACUGGUUGUUGCGACCAGGUCGGGGGUCGGCGCACAUUCCCCGUACAAAGAUGUGCUUGAUAUCACAAAACUACUACAAGACAAUGAUGCAGACAGUCUCAUCAGCAUCGGUUCCAGCUCUUACUCGGAUGCAUGCAAAAUCGCACGUCUGCUGCACACAAACCUGGCCCCGGAGAAUUAUACUGUUGAUGGCAUGGAAGGACUAGUUGAUCAAGAAAAAGGCAACACUUUGAACUUGAAAGAUCCAAAGGUCAAGCUGAUCGUUGUCCCAACAAGUCUAAGCGCGAGCGAGUGGAACCACACAAGCUCAGCCUCAAACCCCAAAACACGCAAGAAGCAACAUUUCCAAAACGAAAAUGCGAUGCCGGAUCUCAUACUUCUCGAUCCAGAGGUAGCUUCGACCUCUCCGCGGAAGUUGUGGUUAUCAUCUGGGAUGCGGGCGGUCGAUCACUGCGUGGAGACGAUUUGCAAUAAAGCAUGUACGCCCGAAGCGAGUCAGCAUAUGGAGAAAACUCUUGCUACGUUGUUGAAAGGACUGAAGGAGUACAAGGAAGGCGAAAACAACGAUAACAGAGAGGAACUUUUGGCCGGUAUCAGCGAGUGCCAACUCGGAAGCCGAAGCGCCAUGAUGGGUCUGCUCCAGUACAAAAUCCCUAUGGGCCCAUCGCAUGCUAUUGGACACCAGCUUGGAAGCAAAUGCGGUGUCAUGCACGGGGUUACGACAUGCAUCAUGCUGUCUCCUGUCUUGCGCUAUAUGCGGGACAAAGAGGACCAGCAGAUCGAACCCCAGCAGAAAGUGUUGGAUGUAUUCAAUAGGGUUCUGCAAUGGAACGAACAGAGCGCUGCAGAUGCAGUGGGUAAAUUUGUCAAAACCUUGGAGUUGCCGAAUUCGUUGAAAGCGGUUGGUGUCGAGGACGAAGACACGCUGCAGGAGAUUGCUGAAAUGACAAUGACGGAUGUAUGGGGCGGUGGCACGAGACAGAUUGAGACCAAGGAGGAGAUCCAAGAGGUCUUAGAAUUGGCAAGAGGCUAA